GGAGCAUCCCGUGGCGGCGCGCGGGGACGCACACCCCAGCCAUGGUGCUGGAGACCUUGGCCCGCAUCGUCAAGGUCCAGCUGCCCGCCUACCUCAAGCGCCUGCCGCUGCCCGAGAGCGUCGGCGGCUUCAUCCGCCUCACAGUUUCAGAAUGGCUGCGGUUGUUGCCUUUCCUGGGUGUGCUGGCCUUGCUCGGUUACCUCGCUGUUCGUCCCUUCCUCCCCAAGAAGAAGCAGCAGAAGGAUAGCUUGAUUAACCUUAAGAUCCAGAAGGAAAAUCCCAAAGUAGUGAAUGAAAUAAACAUCGAAGAUCUGUGCCUCACUAAAGCUUACUGCAGGUGUUGGCGUUCGAAGACGUUCCCUGUCUGUGAUGGCUCCCACAACAAGCACAAUGAAUUAACAGGAGAUAAUGUAGGUCCACUAAUACUCAAGAAGAAAGAAGUAUAGCAGAUGUUUAAUCCCUUAGAUCCUGACGGAUAAUGUCUUUUUAUACCAUUGUAGUUGCAAGGGGCAGCAUUUUAUUAUGUGAUUGGUAUGAUUUAGUUUCAUGAUUGCUGUAGAUUUCUUUCUGGAAUAAACUACAUUUAGACAGUGCUGAAUUUGUCACUGUUUUGAUACCUUAUUCUGAGAAGAAUUUUGGCUACUUUGUAAAUUACUUAUCUCUGUAAAUAAAUCAUUUAUUUCAACAAUAAAUUGACUUUCUACAACUAA